UAAACAUGUCAGUGUCGACACCGGUCGAAAAUACGCGUGGCGUCGCUGUGGCGAUCGAAGUGGCGCAUGUCCAAAGCGCGAUAACCUCUCUUCGGUCCGCAAGAAAGCUCUCCGGCUCGCUUGAACAUGUCUGACGUAGAAAAUGAUGAUGUGCCAUCCGUUAUGGCGGCGGGUGGUAGCAUGGACGUUAAUACUGCACUGCAGGAGGUUUUGAAAAAUUCUCUUAUUCACGACGGUGUUGUGCACGGACUUCAUGAAGCUGCUAAAGCUUUAGACAAAAGGCAAGCUAUGCUCUGUAUCCUGGCAGAUAAUUGCGAUGAACCGAUGUAUAAAAAAUUGGUUCAAGCGUUAUGCAAUGAACAUCAAAUUCCACUGAUAAAAGUAGAUAAUAACAAAAAGUUAGGUGAAUGGGCUGGCUUAUGUAAAAUUGACAGCGCAGGCAAAGCGCGCAAAGUGGUUGGCUGCUCCUGUGUCGUUGUAAAGGAUUUCGGUGAAGAUACACCUGCUAAGGAUGUUCUAAUGGAAUAUCUUAAACAAAGCACUGUACAUUAACAUCUUUUAAUAAAAUAUUUGACAUAAAAUAAACAAAUAUA